GAGGGGGGCGGGGUUUCCACCGCCCCCCCGGCCCCGCCCGGCCGCGCCCCCUCCCCCCAGCGCCUUCCCGGGCCGGAGGGGGCGGGCCCGGGCGGGCUGGGGGCGGGGCCAGGAGGGGGCGGGGUCGCGGCGGAGUGAUCCGCGAGCGGGGAGAGCGGCUAAACGAGUCCCCGGCUCCUCCGCCCCCCCCGCCGCCGCCGUUGCCCGGAGCUCGUGCCGCGCCCGGAACCGCCAUGGCCGACCAACUCACCGAGGAGCAGAUAGCAGAGUUCAAGGAGGCCUUCUCCCUCUUCGACAAGGACGGCGACGGCACCAUCACCACCAAGGAGCUGGGCACCGUCAUGCGCUCGCUGGGCCAGAACCCCACCGAGGCCGAGCUGCAGGACAUGAUCAACGAGGUGGACGCUGACGGCAAUGGCACCAUCGACUUCCCCGAGUUCCUGACCAUGAUGGCGCGGAAGAUGAAGGACACAGACAGCGAGGAGGAGAUCCGGGAGGCCUUCCGCGUCUUCGACAAGGACGGGAACGGCUACAUCAGCGCGGCCGAGCUGCGCCACGUGAUGACGAACCUGGGCGAGAAGCUGACGGACGAGGAGGUGGACGAGAUGAUCCGCGAGGCCGACAUCGACGGCGACGGGCAGGUCAACUACGAAGAGUUCGUGCAGAUGAUGACGGCGAAGUGAGGCCGCGGCGGGCGGCUGGCGACGUCCUUCGCCCCCCCCUCGCCGUGCCCUGUCCCUGUCGCUCCCCCCACCCCGGUUUUCUCGGCAAACUCCAACCGGCCGCGAUUAAAGCCUCCCCCCGGCCCCCCCGCUGCAUGCCCCCCGCCCCUGCAGCUGGCCGGGGACUGCACCUUGCAUGUGUCCAGCUCCAUGCGCCAACCGGGCCCCCAGCGGCCCCCCCCUUCCUGGGGCCGGGGCAGGAAGGUGGGGGGAGGGGAAGGGGGGGUCGUACCCCCGAAGUGCAGCCAGGAGGGUCUUCAUGGGGGGGCCUGGGAGCCAGGCCGGGGGGGGGCAGGGGUCCCCCGUGGCCCCCGUGUGUACAAAGCGUCUGUGUCCUUAUUGUGCGGAUGGAGCUGCUGUGUAUAUAUCUCCCUGCCCUGCGGGGGGGCCCGGGGGGGGGUCUCCUGGCUGGGGGGGCGGCCCCGGGGAGGGGGGCCAAGCCGUGCCCGGCGCUGUCUGUCCCCCCCGGCCCCGCGCUGCUCUGUCGUGAAUCGUGACCUUGCCUUGGCUUUGGUGCCCGCCCCGCGGACAGCAUGAUCCGCCGCGUCCUUUUAUAAGGGGGUUCAUUAAGGGGAUAAUUAAGGGGGAGGUUAUCGGAGGGGGAGGGGGCUCGUGCUCGGCCAGUCAGGGUGGCGGGAGGGGGGUUCAGUUCAUCCUCGGAAGCAGGUGGGCGGCUGUGUCUGAGCCCUCCCCGCCCCGCAGAUGGGGCCUCCUCCAGCCCCCUGGCUGCUGCCCCCCAGCUGCCUGGGGGGUCCGUGGUGGAGCCUGGGGGGCAGGCAGGGGGCGGGGCCGGGAGUGGGGCUGUCGGGGAAUCGGCAAUGUCGUGUUCAGUUCAAGCUGUGAAAAUCAAACUAUAUCAAUGUUUUCCAAUAAAAUACAGUGACUACCUGG